AUGUUCUAUCCUUUGGUGCGGUUUUGUCGAGGAGCCGUUUCGAAUCGGCUAGGAGAUGGGAGGGAUCGUGUGUGGUGGUCCGCAGAUAUUCUAGCUAGUUGCUUGUGCUAUCUUGCCGAUUCUACUUGCAAGAGAGAUGCAGGCAAAUGUGAACAUUUCUCAAUACGUGGAUAUGUGUCUGAAAUUCGCAAAAAAGACUGGAAAAUUUGUUGGCCAUUUCCAGUACAUGAAUCUGACAAACAACCGUCAUUUCUGCCAUUAGAUGCACCAAAAUAUAGUUGUAGGCGAUGCCAAAACUCUGCACUAGCAAUUGUUGUCAAGGAGAUCCAGAAAAACGACCAGACAGACUUGAAUUGUUGCAGUAUUGAAUGCAGAUCUGGUAGCAAUUGCAAUAAUGAAGCUCUCAAGUCUGGUAUUCAGCAAGAUCCGAUGCUUGAUGCUGUUGAGAGAAGAGAAAUUGAUCUUAAUACUACCCUGAGCUGCAUCAAUGAUUACUUGCCAAAUAGUAAUGAGAAAGGCAAGAAAGCUGGAGUUGUACCUAUCAGAACAAUUGACUGUGAAGGUAAUGAAGUUUCUUUUCCUGGGCUUUCUAGCAAUCUGAAAUGCACGGAGAAGAUCUCUGGUGAGAUGUGUAAUGGAGGAACACCUGCAGAUAAUCAAUGCCAGAAUGAAUUAAUAAAAGUUUGCAGAGUUUUGAGGAAAGGAACGACACUAAUGAAGGAUUUGGACAAUACAGAUGAUCACCCUACUGGUCCUCCUCUUGAAUUAGUUGCUUGUAAUAAUGCUGCACCUGCAGGAAGUAUAGACAACACAGUUGAAAAUGAUUUUCAGGAUCAUCAUUCAGAAAAGUCCACUGGUUUGUCUCGAAGGAAGCCUCGGAAGGUGCGCUUGAUGGCUGAUUUAUUAAGCGACAAUGGUGAAUUGAAGACUGAGCAAAACUUGAUAAAAGAGUUGACAAGCACAUGUCCAAGUAGAAAAAGGAAGUUUCCUCUGGAUGAGGUACGGAGACCUACAAGCAUGAGUUUUCAGAGGGUUGAAAAUGAAGUUCAGAACUCACAGGGAGAUGUAAAAAUAACUGAUACUUUUUUCGAUACUAGAUCCAAUUUCAAAGAUGUACCGAAGGGAUUAGGUUUACAAGAUGCAGCAAAGGGCCACUGGAAUAAAACUGAAGGAGAAAGAAGCCAUAUAGUUGGUAAGAAGAAAAACAAAAAGAUUCAAGUUGUAGAUAAUGCCUUGAUUCCUGAGCAACCACUAGAGCCGCAAAGAGAAAAUGAAGAAACUGUGGGUACUACCGAAAAGGCAUAUGCAUCUAAAACUAAUUCUUCUAGAUUAGCUCCUCUUCAUGCAUUCACAGGCAAAGGGACGGAUAAUUUUCCUACCAACUCCCUCAGAAUAGAAAAUGAGUUCAAUUUGUCCAAAGCAAAGGGAAAAAUGCUGCAAACUGACGGGGAGCUGGAUUCUAUAUCCUGGCAGAAAAAUAACAUGCUUGUACAAGAUUACUGUGCAUAUUCAGGGGAAAAAGCCAGGACUACUAUGCCUGUAACAGUAACAAUUCCUGCUGCCCAAGGGCUGCUAAAUAGGAAAGGACUGGAAGAGGGACUUCAUCUUUCUCUAAACAAUUAUAUGGUGGAUGCACAUGUUUACAACAAAAAAUGUAUCCAUCAAAUUGAAAGUCGUCUAAAUAUCUCAAUGCCUUUUCAAGAUGGAACUUCCAAAGUACCACAGCUUAACUGGAGAGACAGUGAUAACAAUGUUUUUGGAGGGCAAAACAUUCCUUCCAAGAACCCAACCAAUGCUCUUUCUGGAAAAGUAGUACAUUGUGAAGAAAUUAAUGGUGCCAGAAAUGCACAAAAAUCUAUUGAAGCUGUGGACCGCUUAGGUUUUAUGAAAAGAUACAGUGAACAAACAAUGGAAGUGUCUGAGCAGGGAACUCUAGAUGAUAUACCCAUGGAAAUUGUGGAACUCUUGGCAAAGAAUCAGUAUGAGAGGUGUCUUCCUGAUGUAGAAAAUAGAACCUCCACAUUAGAAAACCCCUCUCUUGGAAGGAAAGGACAGAUUGCAGUUGGCUCUACUAUACACGGAAAAGGGGAGAUGAGCUUGUUGAAAGAGGGCCAAAAGGAGAAACCUCAGGGAAAACAUAAGAAAAACAACAUGAUCGCAAGAGGAGAGAAUGUGAAGCCUAGCAAGAGAAAGCCUGUGUACUUUUCUCCAUUGGAUAGAAACAAUUUGGGCAUGAAUAAUCUCUGUCCACCUCAAUCCCCCUUUGGACUUGAAGUUUCCCAGUCCCAAAAGAAGCCGUCAGGUGGAUUCCAUUUUUCAGCUAUUGGUUCUAGUCAGCUCGGUAGUGCUCGAAAUUGCAGGUUGAAUGGGAGUUUUGAAGAGCGUGGAUCCCCUAAUGCUACUUUUCAAGCCCCUGGAGGAUGUAGCUUACACAAGAAUAUCUUGCAUCAGGAUGAUGAAGCUUCUCGCAUCUGGGCAUCCUUGACUUCAAAUCAUGUUUCAGCAGGAUAUGAUUUACCCAAAAAGGUUGUUUCUUCUCAGCAUCCUAGUUGUAACAUGGACAUGACUUCUCUCCAAUCUGGAGUAUUUCAUAAGCAAAGCACGAAGAGGGAUAAUGAUCUUAACUACAUGAAUCUGAAUGCUGCUGGACUAGAAAAGCUUAAUAGGAAUACAGGUUCUGAAACCUUCAGCAGGAUGAAUGGAGAAUAUCCAUUUCCUUGCAAACAUAGCGGAAUGGAGCCUCAUCAAAAUUUGAGGGGAUCCCUUGAUUUGUAUUCUAAUGAUACAAUCCCAGCCAUGCAUUUACUCAGCCUUAUGGAUGCAGGCAUGCAGUCGCGUACAACCUUUGAUGUGGGUGUCAGUACUCAGAUGCUUAAAAGGCCCUCUUAUCCCGGUGACUGCAACACUAAGUUGGAGAUUGGUACAUCUAAGCCCCCUAGUACCACAAAAAGGCCAUCUUCUGAUUAUUACAGCAGAAGUUUCUUAUCGGAUAAGCAUGGCUGUUUUGUUGGCUCUCCAACCUUUGGUGCAUCUUCAUCAACCCCGCAUGAUAAGAAACUAGUUAGAGCUACUGAUUUCAACGGUCAAAAUCCAACGAAAUCUGGAAAGAAAGAAAAGAUGAAGAGUUCCAUCUAUACCCUGCAGAAUAAAGUUAGCAAGCAGAUUACUUGGCCUCAUAAUGAAACAGAAACGUCACUGCAGCGCAAACUGGACGUUAAUGGUAAUCAUGAAACCCCACUGCCAUGUAAAAUCAUCUCUGGAAACACAUGCAUGGUGAACAGGAAUCCAGCUGAUCUCACCAUACCCGAAACAGGGAAUAUCUAUAUGAUCAGAGGAGAAGAUCUAAAAUUUGAGAAGAGUAUUCCCAAACACAGGCCUCGCUUCCCCAUUCCUUAUGGAUACAAGCAACAGAGGAACUUGAAGGGAACUAAAAUGAAAGAACAUUCAAAACAUUGA